UAUUCAAGUAACGGGAUUUAAACCCAAAAUGUCAGUGGAGUUUGAACAGAUCAGGCAGUGUGGAAGAGAGAGGUUACAACAGUUAUCCAAACCAAAAGAACCAAAAGUAGAAUGGUGGACAAAUGUCGGACCAAAUGUUAUGUGGGGGACCCAGGAGAUGUUAUGGCCCAUCAGCCAGGAGGCAAAAGAGGCCACUCCAACAGAUCGGGUAGUUAACCUUGCAACUCCAAAGAAAAACUUUCAAACAGGAAUGCAUGCUGGGAGGCCGCUAUUUUACUACAGUUGUGGUCGCCCAUCUAUGAUAUGGGAGAAUAAGUCCAAUGUGAAGGAAGCUAGCGAGCGAGUUAUUGACCUGUCAGCUCCUAAACAGCCCAGUAAGGAGUACACAAACCAGGAAGUGAGACCGCAGUACCUGUUCAGCUGUGGGAGGUCAAGCCCUAUAUGGACAGUUCAAAAGGGGGCACUGUCUGCAGGUGACCGCCCACGCACUCUGUCGCUAGCGUACCCCCGUCCACCACAUCGGGAAUUCCAGCCCAGUCGUCAAGUGGAGACAAUUAUACCAGGAGGUGCUCUUAGUGCCUCAGCUUCAGAACGGAUACACAGCCUAGCAAUACCCAAAGAGAGGCCAAAUGGGCCAUUUAGAUCACCACAAUGGCCCGUGUCACCUGGAGCCAGAAAUGCCAUUUCCUCGACUCGAUGUGCUGACCUUGCUCGUCCCAAGGCAACAGUCGAAGGGUACCAGCUGCCACGGGAUGAGAUGUGGUCUGUUACACGUGCGGCAAAACGUGGCAGUGCAUCAGGCAGGAUUCAGGAACUAUGUAAACCACUUGUGAGAGCUUCAAUGGAUCAUGUGCAAUUUAAUCCAGAUGCUUUCUUGGUUAAAGAAUCGGCUUUAAAGGGAGUGGUACCUAAACGUGUGGAGGAACUAUCUCAACCAAUUCUGCGCUAGCAGAUCAGUUCAAACUGGAAUUCUUGCCACUGUGAUACAAAUUACUUAUUUACAGAAACUUUUGGUGAAAGUUAAACUUAU